AUGAGUUCUUCUUCCUCAACCGUCAUCUUGAUAGAGCCAACUCUGUUUUUGGCUAUUUCAUUCAAAGCUACAGCCGGUAAAGAUGUUAAGAUUGAAGCUUGCGAUACACAUCAUGGGAUCUUGCUCUGCGUCGAUGAUAGAUUCAAAGGAGGACAACGAAUACCAGAUUACAUCGUUUGUAAACCGGCUACGAAGCAGUACCGAAUCAUACCAAACCCGAAAACCCGUUAUUUCACUCUUGCAACCGGUUUAAUGGUGAUUCAGUCGAACCCGUUUCGGUACAAGAUCGUUAGAGUUUCUCAACCAAAUGGCACACGAGAGAAAGAAGACGAAGGAGGGUUUCUACAAUCACUAUUGCGAGGCGAUGGUUCUCUAGAGUUGGUCAGCUACGAAGGAAAGCUUGGUGUGAUUUGUUCGAACUCGAGACAAGGAUAUGAUUUGUGGGUCAUGAGCAACAGUUUUGGAAACUCUUGGGUAAAUGUGAAGGAUGUGAAAAUUACAGGGCUAGAAGAUGAAAUUGCAAAACCUCUAUGGUUCCCAAGCAACGACGUCGUAUCGGUGAAUGGUUUUUGUCGGCUUGGUCUAUGCAACAUGAACAACAACAAGUCUUCGUAUUUGCGUAUGACUCAGCAUUUGUUGCCUCACUAUAUACUAAGAGAUAGUUGCUUCCCUUUCUACUCAAACUACGAAAGAGUGUGUCUGAAUGAAGAUCGUGUUGGAAGGUCCAACAAAUGCAAACAAUCAAAGGCAAAAUUCCAUGUGUUGUUACCAGAUGGAUAA